AUGUCUUACUGGUUGCUUAAAGCAUUCCGUAUUUCUCUUCCAAAGCACAGUGGCUCAGCAACCAAUGCUUGGUUGUCUGCGCAUCUUUGCGCGGUUCGAGAAGUCAUGAGAAAGGUGGAUGGAGGGAGGAGUUGUCUUUGUCGAUGUGGCAAAAAACGUAAAAAUAGCCCUUCCGACGCACUGACCGACUUUCCUUCUAUUCGUGUUAAGAUGGUAUGCGGUGCAGAUCUCUUGGAGUCAUUCGCCACACCCAAUCUCUGGUCUGACGAAGAUAUGACUGCGCUGGUUCGAGACUACGGAAUCGUGUGCAUCAGUCGCCCUGGCUCAGAUGCCUCUCGCUUGCUCAAUGAGAUGGACAUCCUCUCCCAAUACGAAGUAGGUUCUCACCUUUUCUCUCUCUCUCUCUCCUUUAUGCUCAUUCCACUGUCAAAUUCUCUAUGUUUCGAAAUAUGGCCACGAGAUUGUCCUGGCUUUUACAACCCUUUCUGGAAUCUGUGA